AUGGUAACAUCGCUGGACGGAGCACGUCAUCCAGCCUUGUUAGCCAGACCAGGCUCGGGGAUAGUCUUCGACGGCAAAAAGAAACGAUGGGUGCUGGAGGCGGAUGGGACCGACUGCACGAUGUUGGAGACUUCUUACGCUUGGACACAAACUUCUAGGGCUGACUCCUGCUAGACCGUACGACGAGAUAUAUCGGGUUGCUUUCCUCGCACGUGACGAACUGCUGGCGACUGCGAAUAAAUACCGAAAGAAGAUGAAGCAGCCGAUGCUGAACGUGGACACCAGCCAUGACUGGAUGGAAGUCCAGGAAAGUGUUCAGAAUGCCUGCAGUGGCCUUGAAGAACUGGCUGCUAAAGACAAGGACAUGUCAGGCUCCUUGGGAAAGCUCAAGCGAGCGUUUAGAGGCCUUUGUCGCAAUGCUGGCGCGGGUCAGAGCGCCGCAAGCUUGAUUCCAAACGACUCUUUCGGCUUUACCUCUGUGCUCUGCGGGAGCCUUAAAGUGGUCUUUACCGGGUUACGGACGACCGGUAUAUACCGCCAGGAAGUGUACCGAACACUGGAGGACCUGCCCACGCAAUUGAAAGACCUCGCGGCAAAUAUUCAGAUGUAUGACCAAGACGAACAGCUACACCAACGAGCCGCCGCUUUGUACGUCGCAUCAUUCCACCUCUUGAACCACAUCCUCUUAUGGUUCCUAAAAGUUACAAGUCUUCUCAUUUUAGUGACGGGCGUCAAGCUUCUCGUGGAUCCCCUGGGCUUUACCGAUCGACUCCGAGAUAUUCAGGCCGAGCUUAAGAUGGCCGCCCAGAGUUUUGAGGCGCGGCUCACGAAGCUCUCACGAGAGACCGGGCGCGAGACAGUGCAGCUGCAGUACUGGACGACGUACGCGCAGGCGAGCAUCCAUACCCAGCUCCAAACGCUCAUAAAAGGCCAAAAGAACAUGGAAGAAAGAUUCGCUCGUGUCGAGGUACUGGAAAACUUGCACCCGCUGUUGAACAAUAUAAUCAUGGAGGCAAUUGAGCAAAGAGCCGUGACCGGUGGGCAUCCCCGGCUUCUGAAGAUGGCGCCCGAUGUGAACAUCGAGCAACUACUCGAGCGAUUCCUCUACCAGCCGGAUCUCGUGUGGAACGACAGCGCUGCGCUGACGAAGCGGCUGCACCGGCCGCGUCGCGCAGGCUACGAUGCGGGCCGUAUCGCUGCUCUGCAGUCAAAUCCGCGACUACGCGCAUGGCUAACAGUCGACGAGCCUUCACUGUUGCUUCUAAAUGGGCGCACACAUCCACGACCGGACUCAGAAGUUUCGCUGUUCGCCGCGAAAAUAGUCCAGAGCUUACUGCAACGCUACCAAGCGCACAAUCCGGAAGACGAAGCCGGGGUGACCGUUAUACCAUUGGCAUUCUUUUGCAGCCAGCAUCGAGACUGGGAGACGGACAGUAAUGGUAGCCCCGAUGAAGUGGCCAUGAGUCUUCUGAUGCAGCUCGUAAACCGUGCCCGCGCAUACCUGGACCCCGCUGUUCUACGCCAGGUUUCAGACCGUACGAAGCCAGGGGACAUCGGCUCCAUAUGUUCCAUGUUUCAAGCCCUCGUCCACGGUCUGGGUCCGGACGUUGUAGUGAUUCUCGUACUAGACGGUUUACGGGAUUUCGCUCGGCCGCCCGAAAGGUGCCGCGGAACGAGAAAACUUAUCGCGCAUCUUGUCGAAAUCUACAAGCAGGAAUCGAUGGCGACCCUUAAGUUCCUGUUCUCGAGCCCAAGCGCGUCCGAGUUCGUAGAGGACUUGUUUGCCGAUGACGAGUUCCUAGAUAUGCCCAGAGACAUUCCGGCCAGAUUCACGAGGUCGCCUACUGCGUCACGAGCCGUAGCUAACGUCGAAUCAGGCGAGCUGUUCGAUGUUGGCUCAUGAAGGAUACGGAAAGGUAUGGAAUCCGUGGAGGUGCGCUAUCCUAGCUGGUCGUCCGGUCGUCCCGCGCCACGCCGGAGGAUUCCAGCGCAUUCUUGCCUGAUCCUUCCGCCGCCACGGGCAGGGUAGCAAUCGCAGGGCUUCGCUAGAAGGGAGUUUUGUGGUAGCUUCGCUGGACGAGGGUCGCGGCGCGGUGAUCCCCAAGCCGGCAGCGCCCUUGGAGGGGUCCUUCGAAGCAACGGCUGGGGAACAAGCGCGAACAUGGCGUCAAUAUCAAAUAUCGCCGUUAUCUGGCCUUGGUGGGACGUCGGGCUCG